AUGUCUGCUUUAGUUCAAUCUGAAUCGCGAGUUUUUUCAAUAAUUUCCCGAAACAGCCGUAGAUUCUCUUCGGAACCUCAUAAAGAGCGAAUUUUUUCCUCCUCCACAAUCCUUAAUCAACCUCCGCCACCUCCGGAAACUCCGGAGCCUCCGCCGCCGGAAGAUGGAGCUGAGAAGAAGUCCUGGAGCUUUCUCAAGUACGGCCUCAUAGCCGCCCUCACUGGUGGUGUUGCAGCCUCCGCCCAUGCUACCUACGCAUACUCUUUAGAUGAAGUUGAUCAGAAGACUAAGGCUUUUCGUGCUUCUGCAAAUUACACCGUUGGGGAUGAUGCAUCUUCUCUUGAAAAAUUUCAAGCUUUCCUACGCUCUGCUGCAAUGACAGUGCCUGCUAAGUUAGUUGACCUUUACAUUGAUCUAAGGAGGUUGACUGAAGAGCAAGUUCAGGGUUUUGUUGAACCAACAUCAGAUAAGCUCCUACCUGAUUUGCACCCUCUGGAGCAGCAUGUAUUUACCCUUGUUCUUGAUUUGAAUGAGACAUUGAUAUACUCUGAUUGGAAGCGUGACAGAGGGUGGAGAACAUUCAAAAGACCUGGUGUAGAUGCAUUUCUGGAGCAUUUAGCUCAAUUAUAUGAAAUUGUAGUAUAUUCUGACCAUCUAAAUAUGUAUGUCGAUCCUGUUGUUGAUAUGUUGGAUCCCAAACACUGUAUCCGGUAUAAGCUCUCAAGGGGUGCAACAAGAUAUGUUGAUGGAAAGCACUAUAGGGACCUUUCGAAGCUCAAUAGGGAUCCUGCUAAAGUUAUUUACAUUAGCGGUCAUGCUUUAGAAAGUAGCCUUCAGCCAGAAAAUUCUGUUCAAAUAAAACCAUGGCAAGGCGAAGCAGAAGAUACAGCACUUUUAGAUCUUAUUCCAUUCCUUGAAUAUGUGGCUAAACACAGACCAGCUGAUAUUCGAACUGUUCUAGCUUCAUACCAGGGUCGUGAUAUUGCCAAAGAGUUCAUUGAACGAUCUAAAGAGUAUCAAAAGCGCAUGCAAGGGCAGAAGCAGCAUGGUCGUUUCUGGCAACGUUGA